ACCUUUCUCUUCCUUGUUGUUAUCCCGGCACGCGCCGCGAGAACCAAGUGUUUUGUGAUAGAUUUGUGAAAUUUGUGAUGAGCCAAGCAUAUGACUCAAUUUUAUCUGGCAUAACAAUGUCUCCAUUCUACAGUACGCAGUUUGUUGCUGGGUUGGGAUUAGGUGUCGUGUUAGGAAUAUUUCUUAUGUCUCGAAAAUCCAGGAAAUCAAAAGAGAAAAUGAACUCUUCAGAUGCUGAGGAUGAUGAUAUUAGUGAGGAUUCUUCUGACGAUGAGGCUGGAGAGGACAAAGGGGGAAGAGACAUAAAACUCAUUUUGGUUGUUCGCAACGACCUUAAAAUGGGUAAAGGAAAAAUUGCAGCCCAAUGUUCUCAUGCUGCAGUCCAAGCUUAUCAGCAAGCUAAAGCCCACACACCUAAAACUCUGCAAUCAUGGGAAAGGAAUGGUCAGCCAAAAAUUGUUGUGAAGUGUGAAACUGAGGAGGAAUUGCUGGCUUUGUCCCGUCACUCCAAAACAUUGAAUCUUACAACAAGUCUAGUUAGAGAUGCAGGACGCACUCAAAUUGCUGCUGGUUCCCGCACUGUCCUGGGUGUUGGACCAGGUCCGGCCAAUGAUGUGAAUACUGUAACCGGGCAUUUGAAAUUACUCUAAAGAAAUUUUAUGUAUUUACCAAAUGCUAAGAAUACUAAUUAAUCUUUUUGUAACUACAUUGUGCGACCAGUUAAGUGCAUUUACAACAAAAUUCUGCGUAUAAGAAAAUACAAAUGAAUUAGUUUACAGAAAA